GAGGGCGUUUGUGUCGAUCUCUGUGUUUACACAUUAAAAAGAUUGGAUAGACAUAAUCUUCUCGUAAGACUAUUGGUAUAGUACUUGUUCACUUUGGCCUCUUUUUAAACUCCUCAUCUCCUUCCUUUCCACCAAGUAUUGUUCAACAACAACAAAAAAAACAUCCCCAAAAAUAUGGAGCUAGCUCUGAGUUUGGGUGAUGCUUCAAAGCCAUUUCUUUUCCUUGACAAAGCCCCAAAGAUGGGUAGCAAAGAUCUAGGGUUUUGCAUGGGCUUGGGAGGUGCUUUCAAUGCAAGAUCAGAUGAGAGUAGAGAGAGUACCCAUGAAGGAGACCAUGAUCAAGAUGAGAGAAGAAGAAGAAGGGUUUCAUCAGAUCCACCUGUUCAGCUUAAUCUGUUGCCUUCUGCCCCAGUUCCUCGAAGCCAUGCUUCUUCACAGCUUCGCUUCCCCUGGCUCACUGAUAAUCUGGCAGUGUCUGAACCGGCCGGUUCAUCAGACGGACCGGGAAGAGGGUUGGAUGUGAACCGGAUGCCGGGGAUGGUAGCUGCGGCGGAGGAGGCAGAAGAUGCGGCGGCACCUCUGUCAUCUCCGAACAGUACAGUUUCAUCGUUUCAGAUGGACUUUGGAGUUGGAAAUGGAGGAAGAUCAAGUAAGAGAGAUUUGGAGCUUGAAACUGACAGAGCGAGUUCCAGAGCGAGUGAUGACGAGGACAACGGGUCGACUCGGAAGAAACUCAGGCUCUCUAAAGACCAAUCGGCUUUUCUUGAAGAGAGCUUCAAAGAGCACAGCACUCUCAAUCCUAAACAAAAACUUGCUCUGGCUAAACAGUUGAAUCUUCGUCCACGCCAAGUGGAAGUGUGGUUUCAGAAUCGAAGAGCAAGGACUAAAUUGAAGCAGACAGAGGUAGAUUGCGAGUACUUAAAGAGAUGCUGCGAAACACUGACAGAUGAGAACAGAAGGUUACAAAAAGAGCUGCAAGAAUUAAGAGCAUUAAAAACUUCUCAACCUUUCUACAUGCAGCUUCCUGCCACAACCCUCACCAUGUGCCCCUCAUGUGAGCGAGUGGUUACCACAGCCGCAGCCAACACAACCAACAACAACAACAACAACAGCAACAACAACAGUUUAAAGUCUGCUCUAACCAAGCCAAGGUUACAUCACCCUUUUGCUCAAGCCCAAGUCCACAUGCAGCAUCAGGUUCAAGCCAGCAAAGGAGCUGCUGCAUGAGAUGUCAAUAUAGAAUCUGAAUAUCUUGUUCUCCAUUCCAUUUGUAUAUAUUUUUGGCUUGGAGCUGGGUUUUUUUAAUUUUAUUUUAGUUUAUUUUACUUUUUUUAGUUUUGGUUUUCCCAAUCUUUUGUCUCUGCGGUUUCUUUCUUUCUUGUACGUGUUGGAAGCCAGAGACUGAAAAUGGUGAUGAUAUAUUUGUUUAUUGAUGAGAAAAGUAGAAACGAUUUUGCUAGAAGAAACCUUUAUUUGUGUUUUUUUC